AGUAAAGAGGAAGAGAGCGAGGGAGAGGCUGGUGUGAGGGAGUGAGAGAUUUCAGAGAGAGAGAGCAUUGGUUGGGAUUAGGCCUGUGCUGCAGGUUGGACGGGAUUACGGAGCGCAGUUCCCUGUGCUGUGCGCUCUGCUAUGGACUUCUCCGCACGGCAUUUCUCCGUCUGCUUGAACUGAUCGACAGCUGAGACCCACACCCGGCAAUCCCACUGAUCCUGGUGAUAUACUAGCUAUAUGGAAACAUGGCCGACGUCCCUCAGAUCGUCAAAAUUGGGAUUUCCUUGAAGAUGCUUCCCAACAACACCGCGGUGUACUUCAAGUCCGACGGCGCCAGGUUCGGACAGACCCGGACCAUCAAGCUGCUGACCGGGUCCAAGUACAAAAUAGAGGUGGUCAUUAAACCAGGAGCGGUCGAGGCCACGUCGAUGAGUGUGGGUGGGGUGACCUUUCCCCUGGAGCAGCAGUCUAAAGACCCGCAGUCAGUGGUCUAUACUGGCCAGUACGACACAGAAGGGGUGGCACACACCAAAAGUGGAGAGAGGCAACCAGUUCAAAUCAACAUACAGUUCACAGAGGCGGGAACGUUUGAAACGGUGUGGCAGGUGAAGUACUACAACUACAACAAGAGGGACCACUGCCAGUGGGGAAACAGCUUCAACAGCAUCGAGUACGAAUGCAAACCCAACGACACACGCACACUCAUGUGGGUCAACAAGGAAAUGUUUGUUUGAUAAAAACACAAGGUGUGACGUUUUUAAUCGUCAGUACGUCGUGAUGAAAUUCAGACAACAUUUGCUGUUGCUUCCUUUUGCUAAAAGGAUGUAUUUAUCCUCACUUUCCUGUAUUUACUGUCAAUCCACUCCACUCGAAGUUUUUUGGGCUUUAUUGUAGUCUUUCACUCUUUCCAUCAUCUACCAAUAUCAGAAAAACUAAAAGGGUUUUGUGCUGUAAAAACAAUGCAUCAGAUUUACUGCCAAAUCGGAUCCUAUGGCAGAACAUAUAAAAGUGAGUUAUUGUUUUUUUUUUUUGUUUUUUUUACAGUGGUUUUGUUUGUUUAUGGUGCUUAUGCAAAUGUGUCAAAAUUAAUUAGGCACAUUUUAUUGAGGUUAAAUUGAAACAUGUAGCACUUCUCAACAACCUACUUUAAAUCAGUUUUAAUUAUGUAUUGAAAGACUAAGAUCAAAUGACAUUUUGAGAUCAAUAUUUUCUCAUGUGCAGUUCAGUUGUGGCAUCUUGUAACCCAGAAGUGUGUUCAGACUUAUGUGUAUUUACAGUACCAUAUGUGUGAGUGCACGUGUGCCUGUAUGUUUAGCAACAGUAUGUGUGUGUGUAUUUUAAAAUGGUGCUGGUACAGAUGUGUUUAUUUGUGUUUAUGUACUUUGAAGCUAUGUCCAUAUGUUUCAUUCCAAAAUGACUAUCCAACAUUUCCAGAGAUUCAUGUCAAGUCAAUUCUAAGAAAUCUAUUGCUGGCACAAAAGUACAAUAAGUCAUGUUAACAUUUACCAAAAUGUUAUUAUUACCUUGUAAAAUAGAACAUUUCCCCUCUCCACCAAGUCCAGUGUCCUUGCAUUAGUGACAUUUUGAUUUUUUUGACCCUAAGCAGAAUUUUUCCCAUCUGUCCUCGUAUGGGAACUUGCCAUGACAUCUGCAGCUUUUUAAUAUAAAAAAUAUGGGGUUUAUUUUCAAAAUAUGCAACAGAGCAGGGCAUUAUGGCCAAAGAAAAUCUCUACACAUAGUUAAAAAUGAGGGAAUUUAGUUUUUUAUCAAAGUAUUCUCUAUCAGCUACUUUAACAAGUGCAGUAACUUGUACAAGUAUAACAAAACACUACUUUCAGCCUAUUUUUCUGCCACUUUUGGCUGUGAGAGACUUUCAGCUAGAAGCCGGUCCUCACAAAACCGAACCAUAUCUGUAUCACUGGGGAGAUACCACUUCUGAUUAUCGGAACAGUCCUGUUGGUGUUGUUGCUGCCACCUCAAAAAACCACUUUAAGUCACUCUUGACUGACUCAAGACGUAGUGGUAUGCCAUGCUACUACCCAAUCAUUACUCAAGAUAGCAAGCUAGCUAGCUAGCUAGCCUAACAGACUAGGACAUUGUUUGUCUGAAAAAGUUACAAGAUAAUGCAGUUGCCUACUUCACACAAAAAAAAGAUUGAUAGAUUGAUUUAGUAAUUUGGACUUUUACUACAUUUAAUUAGUCACCCAGGUACCUUGAUGAAAUCUUUCACAGGCUCUUGAAAGUGUACAGGUCAGUUCCUCUACGAGCUACUUUUACCCAGAAAGAAAUAAUAUGUCUAUCUUCUCAAAAGCACGUUUCAGCUGAUAUCCUUUAACAAUGAAACUGCAGUGCACCUCUUCUGCGUCAGCACCUGUAAACCAUGAAAUUACCCAAAAUCGUGUUGUCACACUUAAGUGAACUUGUGCACCUGGAUUAAUUAAUAACGGCCCAUAGUGUUUUGGAAUGAAACUCUUUGUGUAGCUGUGUGUAUGUGUAUUGUUUUGUGGUACCAUUAUGUGUACAGUAUAAUGCAUUAAUGGAAGUAGGAAUUUUGUAUUUGGGUGAAGUUGUGCCCCUAUUUACAGCGUGUUUGUUUUCUCUACCUCUUCUGAAGGACUUAGCCAUUAAUUUUUGUGUUUAUUAAAGAGAAAUAAUGUAUUUGGAAUAUUCUGAACAAACUGUUUAUGACAUAUCUUAAAAUAUUUUUUCUAUUUCUUGUGGUGAAUCGUAAUAUUUAAAAAAAUAGUAUUUUUGUACAAUGAACCAUUUGAAAUGUUAUCAUAUUAUUGUGUGUAUUUUUGUAGAAAUAACUAUACAAUGUUUUCAUUGAAAUAUUGAAUUGACCUAUACAAGAAAUCAGAGCAACAAAAUAACAAUGAAAUAGUGCAAUGGUGGUGAAAUAUACAUAUCAUUCUGACCUUUUUGUGAAAGUGUUGUUUGUAUAUAAUGCUAAUAGUAAAAUGGAAAAUCUU